AUGAAGAAAUUCAAUAUUUUUAAAAAAUUUAUGUUUUUUUCGAUUUUUAUAUGUUUUUUUGAACAUAAUAAAAAUGAUUUAUAUGAUGCAAGUGCCGAUAGGAUUCGAUAUUUACAAAAAAAAUCGAUAAAUUUUAAAAAUACCAGAUUAUUAGAAUGUGCAAACGAUAAUGAAAACUUAACAUCUUUUUAUGAAUCUACUCCAGAUCUUACACAUCAGAAUGGUAAAAACUAUUAUGGUGGUAAAGGAAAAAAUGAUCAUCUAACAGAUAAAGGUUCAAAUAAAAGGAAUCGCCAAUAUAAAAAUCCAUCACAUUAUUUAAGAGAUAUAGAUGGGAAAACCACUGGUGUAAUUGAAGAGGGUGCGGAUGCAUUGGAAUAUAUACCAAAAGAAAAAUAUAGUAUAACGAAUGAUGAACUAAUAGUCCAAAAAAGACUUAAUAAUAGCAGAAACACAAUAAAUCCAAAACAUGUAAAAUCGGAAAAUAUAAAUAAUACGCCAAUGAAAACUGGUAAUCAUUUCUUGGACAUCGAUCAUCAUCAUUUCGAAGCGGAAUAUAAUAAAAUUAUUUCUAAAAGACGUUAUUAUAAACUAGAAUAUGAUAAUAUAUAUACAAAAGUCUUAAAGUGCAUAUUUAAGUAUACGGAAUUAAAAACAUAUUAUUUUUUAUGA